UUCAUCGAUCAUAAUUUUCGGAUAUUCGCCUCUUUUUCCAUCGCAUAAACAAUCAAUCCAAAUCUAGGGUUUUUAUUUCAUCAUUCUUAAUCGUUCAUAGAAACUCAUACAUCUCUUUUAAAUUUGAUUAAGAUGUCUUCAUCCAACGGAGUCUACGCUCACCAGAGAAACUCCCAUCGUAACGGUGGAAGAUCAACCAUGUUGAAGAGACCAAUCGACAACCGCGGAUGCAGAAUCGGAGGUUUCCAGGAACAGGAAGAGCGAAGAAGCCGUUACGCACCGCCUCAGAAACGCCCCAGAUAUCAGACGACGCAAACGCAAUUCCAAUCGGCUAAACCUAACGGCGGCGGGAUUCCUCUGUAUCGUCAUCAUCAUCAUGAUAGUAACUUGUCUAGGGUUUCUAAUUACGGUGAUGUGAUCAAUUCUAAUUCUAGUAAUAUCUUUCCUUUUCAUUCGCAACCUAACACCGAUUAUCAGAAACCGUAUCGUUAUGGAAGCCCUAAUCAAUCGGUUCCGCUUCCUUUACCUUAUCGUAAGUUAGAUGGUUUCGAUUCGUUACCGGAAUGGGUUCCUAAUUUCGUACCUAACACUAACCGUGACAUAACCGGAGUCCGGUUUAACGCUAACCAACCUGUGUUUACGAAUUUGCAAAACUCGAUCCCUAUGAAUCAUUCAAACAUGGUUUCUGUUGUGUCACAAUCAUUACCACAACAACCUAUUGUGAGCAAAGAAUUGGCUGAUUUACUUAGCGUUCUCAACAACAAUGAGAAAGAAAAAGAAUGUGAUGAUAUUGGGCUUGAUUUUGAUAAAAUUAAUCUUAACGUGCGACGUGAAUCUGUUAUCAAGUCUCUGUAUUCCGACAUGCCGAGGCAGUGUUCUUCGUGUGGGGUUAGAUUCAAGUGUCAAGAAGAGCAUAGCAAGCACAUGGAUUGGCACGUGAGGAAGAACAGGAUGGCUAAAGACGCGACCAAAGGGACUAGGUUGACUCAGAAACCGAAGAAGUCGCGUGAUUGGUUUGCUAGCUCGUCUCUAUGGCUCAGUGCAGCGACAGGAGCGGCAGUGGAAGGGGCGAAACCUGUUUUUGGAGAGACCCAGAAGACGAAAGAAGAGGAGACACAACAGCAGCAACAUAUAGUGCAUGCUGAUGAGAACCAGAAGAUGUGUGCGUUGUGCUUGGAGUCGUUGGAGGAGUUUUUCAGCCAUGAGGAAGAUGAUUGGAUGUAUAGAGAUGCUGCCUACUUGAAUAUGAAUGGGUCUGGUCCUAUAGUUCAUGUUAACUGUAUGCCUGCACCUCGAAAAGGGCCUGCAAAGGAAUCGAUAAAGCCAGUUGCGGUCGCGAGGGCAGUGGUCUGCUGAUAGAUUUACGUAGUCUAGGCUCUAGAAGUUUGAUUCACUUGUUGCCUUUUGUACCUAAUGGAUAUGGACAAUUAAGAGUUGUAAAACACAUUGAAAUUUCAAUAAAAAUCUCUUUUUU